AUGCGGCGUCUGCGCGUGAAGAAAAUCAUACGUCAGCGGGUCAGGAAAGCUAAGUUGCGAUUGGCAACUUUACGAAGCAAGGCAAAAGAGCAAGGAGCACUGGCCAAGAAGGCAAGUUCAUCAUGCGCACUGGUGGCUCAAGCGCCGAGCACAACUCGGGACAGGCUGGUGCACGAGUGUCGAGGGUUGCUCCAUUUUCUUUGGCUUCAUCAUAGCCACCCUUUCGAUCGGCGACCAAGCGAAAUCAUGAAGCGUCACCCUACUGGUGAGUGGGAUAUCGGUUUUGACUUGUGGUUUGAUUGGGACAGCGUGCAGCCCGUCACCCACACAGUCAGUGGAAUGCCGAAUGGUGUGUGGGGGGACACCAGCAGCUCUUGGUUGCGUGUGGAGUUGAAAGACAUGGACGGCCCACCCAUGGAAGAUUCACAUGCUUGGUGCGAGCCAAUUGUGGGCUAUCAUGGCACCAGAUGGCCAAAGUUGCCGUGGAUUUUGCAGCAGAAACGCUUGCGUGCUGGGCCGCGCAUAGCUGGUGGGACGCGUGGCGUUUGGAGCUCCACCAGCUUCCAAGUUGCAGAGGCGUACGCUUGGCCGGAGCCACUGGCUGGAGCAUCCAAAAGGCCCUGGAACCCGUGGAAGGUAGAAGCAGAGCCGGGUUCGGUGUCUGAGGAACGGUUCCAAGUUGUUCUCGAGAUGGAACUCCGUGAGUGGCGCCGCCACACGCCCUACAUUUUGGUAACCCAAGACGAGGCGAAGGCGACACUCAAGGCCUUGCACCUCCGAUGCUGGCGAGAAGGAGCGUUGGACCAUGUAGGCCUUCGGCAAGGUUACUAUCCUUCUAGCUUCAUGCCUAAUGGUGAGCGGCUGGACUUCGUGCCCGGAGGGUCGCUGGAUGCGAGGCCGGCACUUCUGCAGCAGCGAGUUCAACCACGCCAGCUGCCGAAGUUGGCUGCGGAGACUUGCAACAAUGAGUGUGAUGUGAAGAAGACCAUGCGGCUACACGUACCGAACGUUGACAUGACCGCGCUGUGUUGGGACUCUGUUGCGGCCGUUGUGCAAGACAAUGAUGCCAUCCGUGAUCAGCUGUGCCAGUUUUUGCGAAAGUCUUACACCGUUGCGGUGCAACAUGCAACCUCACCAGUGGCAUUGCUGUCAGGUUGGGCCACCGAAGUGGCCGGGCGUAUGGCGCUGGUUGCUUGGCAAACUCCGACACUCAGCCAGUCCACUGCGCGCGACAUCGUUGCCGUUUUGAAGCUGAUGUUGAGGGGUGGCGCGUUGCCGCCGAGAAUGGCAAAACAAAAGACUUGGGAUGCAGCUUUGGAGGAUCAGCUCCGAGACAUCCUGGCGGCGCAGCUUUCUGGUGUGCUCCCUUCUGACAUGAUGAUCCUGCCGGAGUAA